AUGUUCUCCCUUCUAUGCUACCCUCUAUGGGCAUUCGCAGCCUUUCUUGCCAUUAUUCUUAUCAAUGUAUUAUACCAGAAGCUCCCUCGAAAACCGGAUGAGCCUCCAUUAGUAUUCCAUUGGCUUCCUUUCUUUGGCAAUGCUGUUGCUUAUGGACUUGACCCUUGUGGCUUCUUUGAAAAGUGUCGAGAACAGCAUGGCGAUGUAUUCACCUUUGUUCUCUUUGGCCGGAAGAUAGUCGCCUGUCUUGGUAUCGACGGUAACGACUUCGUCCUCAACAGCCGUCUCCAAGAUGCAAACGCCGAAGAAAUCUACGGUCCAUUGACAAUCCCCGUUUUCGGUAGCGACGUUGUCUACGAUUGUCCCAACUCGAAGCUCAUGGAACAAAAGAAAUUUGUCAAAUUCGGUCUCACCCAAAAGGCCCUUGAGUCACACGUUCAUCUGAUCGAGCAAGAAGUUAUCGAGUACAUCGAAGCUAUGCCAUCUUUCUCGGGGAAAACUGGCACGAUCGAUGUCGCAAAGACAAUGUCCGAGAUCACAAUAUUCACUGCUGCUCGUUCUCUGCAAGGAGAGGAGGUCCGAAAGAAGCUCACGGCCGAGUUUGCUGCUCUGUAUCACGAUCUUGACCUUGGCUUUGCACCUGUCAACUUCCUGUUCCCUUGGUUACCCCUACCUCGCAACCGACGUCGAGAUGUUGCCCAUGCGAAGAUGCGAGAUACAUAUAUGGAAAUCAUCACCGAACGAAGAAGAGGAGGCGACUUGGAGAAAGGCACUGACAUGAUAGCCAACUUGAUGAGCUGCACGUACAAGAACGGACAAGCAGUCCCCGACAAAGAGAUUGCCCACAUGAUGAUCACACUUCUCAUGGCUGGACAACACUCCUCAUCAUCUGCCAGUUCAUGGAUUGUACUACAUCUUGCUUCAUCCCCUGACAUUGCUGAGGAGCUCUACCAGGAACAAAUGAUCAACCUAAGCGUUGACGGUGUCCUGCCACCUCUUGAAUAUUCAGACUUCGACAAGCUUCCCCUUCUUCAGAACGUCGUCAAAGAGACCCUACGCGUUCACUCUUCUAUCCACUCCAUUUUACGAAAAGUCAAGAGGCCCAUGCAGUCCCCCAACACCCAUUACACCAUCACCACCGACAAAGUGAUCCUGGCGUCACCAAUCAUGACUGCCAUGGAUGAGGAAAACUUUGAAAAUGCCAAGACUUGGAAUCCCCAUCGUUGGGACCACAGGGCCGAGGAAGAGGCUGGGACUGACGAGGUCAUCGACUACGGAUACGGAAUUGUAUCCAAGGGAACCAAAAGCCCAUACUUGCCUUUUGGUGCUGGUAGGCACCGCUGCAUUGGAGAGAAAUUUGCCUACGUCAACUUGGGCGUCAUUGUUGCUACUCUGGUCCGUAACUUCAAGCUAUCGACACUUGAUGGCAAACCUGGAGUUCCGGCUACCGAUUAUACCUCUCUCUUCUCAAGGCCGGUCCAACCUGCGCAUAUACGGUGGACACGAAGAAAGGUAUAG